CAAUGUCACAAUGACGUUUCUUUUCUGAUAUCUAAAUUCAUUUUGCAAUUUUGCAUUAUUUUGAAUACGCAAAAACCUUUGUAACUUAAAUUCUGUUAAAUGGCUCUGAGCUAUUUCACUGAAAGUGAAGCACCAAGAGAUUUCCGCAUUUCGUCCACGGAGAGUGAAAGCCAUUACACAAAAUGUCUACUUUGUUACACGAUAAAGAAAAACUUUUACUGUGUGGAUUGUAUCAAGGCUGGAAACUUCCUGCACUCGACCAUGCCUUACUCCGACAGAUUUGCAGAUAAACAAGCAAAGCUACUCCGACUCAGAGCCAAUAGAAAACAUGUGCAAGACCGAUGUGAGGCACUUCUCUUGAAAAAAAGUAAACAUGAUUCCCUCCAAAUAGAAGUUAAACAAUGUAGAGAUAAGGUGGAACUGAUCAAACUAGCCAUAGAACAACGAAGAAGUAAUAUAGAAGAGAGGAAAAAAGCAUUGACAGCUGUGAAGAAUCACAAUACAGAACUAGGACUGAAGUUACCGAGGUACCAGAAGCGGGUGUCGAGCCUGGCGAGCCACGCGCUGCAGCAGAAGACGGAGCUCAGCAACAGAGUUAGCUUGUUCAAUGAAAGUGCCGAGUCACUCGGCUCCUUGAGAAGAGCUCGGAUAAGACAAUUAACAAAGUAUAUUUUUCCUGUGUACAUAACUUAUGAUUCUAGUGACAGUGUGGAGGACAUGGAGUUCCUGCAGGUGGAGACGGAGGAGAGCCCGCUGAGCCGCGAGCGCCUGCACGUGGUGGCCGCCUGGCUGCCAGUGGACGGAGACUACUCGUUCUUGCACAGAUCCAUGUCGGUGUCGGCGGGGCUGCCGGCGGGCGAGGCGUGCGGCGCGGCGGGGCGCGCGCGGGCGGCGUUGGCUCUGGCCGCCCAGCUCACGGAGCUGCUGGCCUGGAUCACCGACGUGCAUCUGAUCAACCCGCUGCCCUUCUCUGAAGUGUGCCUAUCCCGGCUCGAGGGCGUGGAACAAGCCUCGGAGCUGGAGGGCUGGGCGCGGCGGCUGUGCGGGGCCGUGGUGUCGCUGGGGCUGCGCGCCGCGCUGCCGCCGCCGCCGCUGGCGCGCCACGCGCUCGCCUGUUUGCACGGGCUGGCUGUGGCUGCGGCUACUGAUGACCCUAUGCUGGGGCGCGUGUCGGGCCACACGUCGCUGUCGCUGGCGGCGCUGGGCGAGGCGUGGGCGGCGGCGUGGCCCGCGCCCCCCGCGCUCUCCUGGACCGACACCAUGCACGUGUGCACCAUGGAGGAGCUGAGCAGCUCGCCGCCGCAGCCGCCGCCGUCGCUGGUGACAUCCGCCGCCGCCUCGCUCGCCUCCUUCCUGCGCGGCUGGACCAAGUAGCGCCACUGUACACACACCGCACUGUACUGUAUGUACCUCGAGCUACUCACUGUGAUGGCCCUGUGCUGUGUCGCGGCUGGACCAAGUAGCGCCACAGUACUCAC